AUGCACAACACCCCUGAGCACAAUGGGAUCGUGGAGGCGCUGAAUCAACAGUUGUUGGAGAAGGUUCGGGCCAUGCUACAUCAGAGCGGCCUGCCGAGGUUCCUGUGGGGCGACGCCAUCAUGCAUGCUGUCUGGCUCAAGAACCGCACAUCAAUGCAAGCCCUAGACACUAUGACACCCUAUGAGGCACUCACCGGUGACAAACCCAACCUGUCGAACCUUCCGGAGUGGGGGUGCAAGGUGUGGGUGCAUGAUGCAGACAACGGGAAGCUAGAUGGGUGUUCGAAGUCAGGGCGAUGGGUGGGAUUUGACCAGGACAGCACCCACACACACCAUAUAUAUCUCCCUGAGAAGCGCACUGUCUCCAUUGAGCGCAACGUCAAAUUUUCACCUGUCUGGUUCAUCACCAUGCCCACAAAUAUUGACAUGCCGUUUGAGGGGGAGAGUGAUGAUGGGAAGUCCAACCUAGAGGAGGAAAGUGUCAACCAGCCUGUCGAUAGCAAUGCCAACACAGAACUCACCACCGCAGAAAGCCUAGCCCCAUCUACUCAUCCAUCAACUUCUCCACCUGCAGCUCCUGAAUGCCUGAAACGCACUAUCAAAACAUCAAGCUAUGUCACUCGACUCCAGAGUGGCAAAGGAAUGACAGAGGAGACUUACCAUAACAGCCGCGCUGUGGGAUCUGAACUGCCGAAGGGACUUCAGACUGGCGAUGUGAGUGCGAUGGGUGAAGGCGAGGAGGACUAUGAGCUGGGAGGAGUGGAGUUCGCAAUGGGGGCUGCCACUUCAGAUGCCGAAGGAUUGGAUCCGAGGACAUUGGUGGAGGCGCAGGCACAGGCAGAUUGGCCGAUGUGGGAGGAAGCAAUUCAGAAGGAGCUGGAGUCAUUGCAGAAGGCAGGGACAUGGAAGGUUGUUGAGAGGCCAGCUGGGAAGAACAUCGUUGGCUGCAAGUGGGUUUUUCACAUCAAGAAGGACACACACAGUCGCAUUGAGAAAUACAAGGCACAUCUUGUUGCACACGGCUUCACCCAAGUCUACGGUGUCGACUACAUGGAAACCUUCACUCCAGUAGCCAAGAUGGCAAUGAAGAACGACUGGCCAAUCGAGGUCUUCAACUUCAAUAGCGCAUUCUUGAACGGCGAACUUGAUAAGGAGAUUUAUAUGCAGUUUCCUCCAGGGUUUGAAGGAUGCGAUGGGCGAUGCUUUGUUGCAAAGCUUCAGAAAGCGCUCUAUGGUCUCAAACAAGGCGGACACACCUGGUAUCAAGCCCUCUUACAUGCUCUUCUCGAUCUUGGCUUCACUCACUCACACUACGACCACGGCAUCUUCUUUGCUCGACUCAACAGUGAGAUAGUCAUCCUGGCAAUUCACGUCAAUGACUGCACAAUUACUGGCUCAUCACAAGGUCUUCUUAAUCAGUUCAAGACAUGCAUCAACGCACGCUAUGCGAUGAUGGAUUUGGGAGCUAUCAGCUGGUUACUCAGGAUUCAGGUCAGACGAGAUCACGAACAGCGCACCAUUACCCCCUUGCAGCAGAGCUACAUUGUCUCGAUCCUCACCCGAUUCAACUUCACUGACUUGAAGCUGCUCUCCAUCCCCAUGGACCCAAACAUCCAGUUCUCAAAGACACAGUGCCCUACAGACCCACUCGAAGUUGGAACUCAACCCAAUAUUGCGUUUGCCAUCUCGACCUUGUCGCAAUUCCUCGAUAACCAUGGGCACAUCCACUGGGAAGCCAUCAAACACGUGUUCCGUUAUCUCUCAGGUAUGAAGGACUUGGGACUCACCUUCAGAGGAGGAAAGGAUGGGCUGGAAGGCUACACCGAUGCAGAUGGAGCUUCACAGGAUCAUUGUCAUGCUAUCUCAGGCUAUGCAUUCUUGAUCAACAGUGAAGAGGUAGCUGCGGGAGUGUGCCUACAAAGUGGAUUGAACAACCACUUUGCAGGGAACACAACUUAUUGA